AUGGAGCAGUUCAAGAUCAAGAGGAGCACCUUAGACGGACGCAUCAACCGGAUGAAGGCCACCAUCGACCAGCUCGUCGAGGCCGAGGUGUCCCUCGACCAGCUCAACGCUGAGCUAGACGGUCUUCAUGAGCUUUGGACGGACUACCGGACCCUAAACGACGAAUUCGUGGAGUGCUGCACUGAGCUGAAGGACAUCGAGGCGCAUUUGGACUUCGAGGCCGACUUCCGGAAGAAACUAAACGCGGCGAAGACCAAGGUGAACGAGCUGAUCCGAGCUCUCAUGUGUUCGGACAUAAAAUCGGACAAUGAAUCGGGCAACGGAGACGCGGCCAAUCCACCACUGCCGCCUGCGCAUCUUGUUUCCCCGGAACUCCAUCUGCCGAAGGGAAUCCUGCCGAUGUUCGACGGCGACUACGGUGAAUGGACCUCGUUCUUCGAUCUGUUCACCAGCGCGGUCCACAACAACCCCCGGCUAACGGACGCGCAGCGGAUGCUCUAUCUGAAAUCGUACACGGCAGGUAGGGCAGCCACGAUGAUCCGGCAUAUGAAGGUCGAAGACAAAGCGUACGCUGGUGCGCUGGAGGUGCUCAGAAACAAAUUCGACCGAAAGGACCAGAUCGUGACGCACCACGUCCAGCGAUUUAUCGAUAUCCCGGCGUUCGCAGCUGCUUCGGCGGGGUCGCUACGGAAGCUGCAUGACACGGCCGACGACGUUCGUCUCGCGUUGCAAGCGCUGCACCGCGAGGAUCGUGACUGCUGGUUAGUGCACCUUCUACUGGCCAAGGUCGAUCCGGACACCAGACAGCUGUGGGUCAACAAAACGGCCGAAUCAACCGAACCACCAUCUUUGGAUACAUUUCUUGGGUUUAUCGAGACGCGGGUGUACGCGCUGGAGACUGCUCAUUCUGGGGGUCGUCAGCAUCAAGCGACCACCAAGCCCGCGGUGAGAUCAAACCAGCAGCGCAGCCACAGCUACGUGGCCACCAACGAAGCGCCGGAAGUUAAAUGCGAACUCUGCAACGAGAAACGGCAUUUCUUAUACUUCUGCCGCCGCUUCAAGGAACUUCCUGUGGAGGAAAGAAGGAAGUACGUGUUGAAAACUGGUUUGUGCAACAAUUGUUUACGCCCGCCACACAACGACGGCACCUGCAACGCGGUCAGCAACGUGUCCUGCAGUUCGUUUUCGUCGGUGUUCUUGGCCACGGCAGUGGUCGAUAUCGUUGACGCCUCUGGCAAGUCCCAUCAAGCUCGGGCGCUGCUAGAUUCGGCGUCUCAAGCUUCGUUCGUGACGAAUCGUUUGGCCAAGAAGUUGGGCAUCCAGCACGAACGUGUCAACCUUCCGGUCACCGGAAUCUCCGGCGUCUCGACGAGAAUCACCAACGCGCUGAACGUGGUCAUUCGGUCGCGCAGCUCAUCUUACCAGCAACAGCUGGAAUGCGCGAUACUCCCAACCAUUUCUGGACAACUUCCCAGUCAACGCUUCGACAUUUCAUCCUGGAGAAUCAACCCUGACCUAACGCUAGCGGAUGCGCACUUUAACGUGCCAGGUGACAUCGACGUCCUGAUCGGUGCCAGCGCUUUCUUCCAUCUGCUGGAAAACCAGCAGAUCAAGCUCGGACCAACACUGCCCAUCCUCCAAAAAACACGAUUGGGUUGGGUAGUGGCCGGUCCUCUGACCAAUGGCCGAGAACCGGAAACGACCAACUGUUUUGUCGCUACUGUAAUGGACAUUGAAGAAAGCGAAGCUUUGAGAGAUCUAGUUGCCAAGUUCUGGGAGAUCGAGGACCUUCCCGCUGACAGACUCCUCACCGCUGAAGAACAACAAUGCGAACAGCACUACAAGGAGCACACCACCCGCGACUCCACUGGGCGGUACGUCGUGAAACUACCGUUCAAACAGGACCCGGCUGUGAUCGGCGUCACGGGCUAUGCCGCGCUGCAUCAGUUUAAUGCACUGCAGCGUCGACUGCUUCGUCAGCCGGAAAUGCACCAGCUGUACAACGACUACAUCAACGGCUUUUUGAAGGCAGGACAUAUUACUAAGCUGGCACCACCGCUGCCACAAGACCCAGUGAUUUUCUUGCCCCACCAUGGAGUUCUGAAGGACAGCACAACAACCAAGCUGCGGGUGGUGUUCAACGCAUCCAUGAAGUCCUCGAACGGAACAUCGCUCAACGACCUGCUCAUGACAGGUCCAGUUGUGCAGAAAAGCCUCUACGAUCAUCUUCUUGGUUUUCGUCUGCACAACAUUGCCAUCACCGGUGACAUUGAGAAAAUGUACCUCCAAGUAAAGGUUACGGAGGACGACCGGAAACUAGUGCGCAUGCUGUGGCAGGAGCCUGGAGAACCAAUGCACGAGUACACCAUGAACACCGUUACGUUUGGCAUGGCAUGUGCGCCGUAUCUUGCGACGCGUACGCUGAACCAACUCGCAGAGGACGAUGGCCACCUGUUUCCUGCGGGAAAAACUGCGAUGGAUGAUUUCUACGUCGAUGACCUACUUUCCGGAGCGGCCACUGUUGAAGAAGCCAAAGCAAAAUUACAUCAAUUGACUGCACUUCUGAAGCGCGGCGGAUUCUCCAUCCGGAAGUGGGCGUCCAACGAUCCCGCUGUUCUGGAGGACGUCCCUCGGGAAGAUCAAGCUGCGGACCCGAUCCAUCGGUGGGACUCAGAAGCGUCACUUAAGACGCUCGGCAUACAGUGGCAAUUCCGCGGCGACUUAUUUACGUUCAGCAUUUCCUGCGACCCGCUGCAAGACUACUUCACGAAGGCGCAGGUCCUGUCAACAACCGCUCGAAUCUUUGACCCGCUUGGCUUCAUUGGGCCAGUCAUCGUCAUCGCAAAGCUCUUUAUGCAAGACCUGUGGAGAUUAGAAAUUGACUGGAAUGAACCAUUGCCGGAUAAGCUGAGCCAGCGUUGGAAGACGUACCUGAAACAUCUGAAGAGCUGUGGCCGGGUACUGCUGCACGGGUACUGUGACGCGUCCGCCAACCUGUACGGUGCGGUCGUGUACCUCCGAGCCAUCGACGACAACAACAACAAGAGCUCGCGAUUAACCUGUUCCAAGUCUCGUGUAGCUCCAAUUCAUCGCCCGAGCAUCAACCGUCUGGAACUUUGUUCCUGCGAACUUCUUGCAGAACUCCUCAUCAAGGUGAAGACUGCCCUGUCCCAGAAGAUCAUCAUCCACGAGGUCAAGGCAUUCAGCGAUUCCAAGGUAGCACUAGCGUGGAUAGCUGGUGACCCAGCAAAGUGGAAACCAUUCGUUGCAAACAGAGUCGUCAAGAUCAACGAGCUGUUACCUGCAAUCCACUGGGGGCACAUCUCCGGAAAGCGAAACCCAGCGGACAUUCUCAGCCGUGGGGCAGCUCCUGCAGUACUGGCACUUCAUGAGGACUGGUGGGAGGGAGCUGAGUGGGACGACGAAGACCUGCAAGUUGCCCUCGAACUCACCAAAGCAGAGCAGCAAGUCAUCGAGAAGGAGCGACGAAAGUUCAUUCCGAUUCAAAUCUACUUCAGCGAGGUCAGCGAAUCCAUUGAGUCGAUCCUUCUCAAAUUUUCGUCAUAUGUCCGGAUGGUGCGGGUCACGGCAUGGAUUCACCGGUUCGUUAGAAACUGCCAGGUGGCAAGAGCGGACCACGACACAGGGCCGCUGCAGCCGAUCGAAUUGGACGGAGCCCUCAGGAUGCUUCUUCAAUACACGCAACAUCAAGCGUACGGCGCAGAAAUCGCAGCACUUAAAGCUGGGUCGCCCUUACACAGCAAGAGCAAGCUACUUCCGUUGUGUCCAUUCCUGGAGAGCGAUCUGUUGCGGGUGGGAGGAAGACUAGCCAGGUCCGACCUUCCGUACGAUGCUAAACACCCUUGGAUCCUACCCUACGGGAGCCCGCUAGCGGUUGCAAUCUUCCGACACGCACAUCUCUCCAACCACCACAACGGGCCACAGGCGCUUCUAGCAACCGUGAGGCAAAGGUUCUGGGUGCCAAAUGGCAGACAACAAGCGCGACAAAUUGUGUGGAGUUGCGUCCCAUGCUACCGGGCCAAUCCAAACCCUCAACUUUUGGAACAAAUAAUGGGUCAACUUCCGCCGCAGAGAACGCGACCGAUUCCUCCGUUCUACAACUGCGGUGUAGACUACGGCGGCCCAAUUACCAUUGUGCUGCGGCGAGGCCCGGGUUCGGCAACGAUGAAGGGAUAUAUCGCUUUAUUCGUCUGCUUCGCAACCCGGGCCGUGCACAUCGAAGCCGUGACAAAACUGUCAACAAAGGCGUUCCUAGCGGCACUGGCUCGAUUCCAAGCUCGUCGUGGAGUCGUCGGACACAUCUACAGCGAUCGCGGCACCAACUUCGUCGGGGCUAAUCGAGAGAUGCGUACGUGGAAUCGACUAAUCAACUCUAACGAACACAACAACGAAGUCGCAGACAAACUAUCACAACGCGGAACUCAGUGGCACUUCAACGCUCCGGGAACACCACACAUGGGCGGGCUUUGGGAAGCCGCAAUCAAGUCAGCAAAGACCCACCUAAACAAGGUGGCCCAAAACGCACGGCUGACUUACGAAGAAUUUGCCACCCUCCUAGCCGAAAUCGAAGCCAUCCUCAACUCUAGGCCCAUUUCACCUGCCUCCAGCGAUCCAAACGACCUUCAGCCACUGACUCCGGGACACUUCCUCAUCGGCCGAGCCAUCAAUUCAACCAACCAACUGUACGAGUGGCCAAUACGCGACGAACCGUACGAUGUCCGCUUCAAGUACGUGCAGGAGCUCCAGCAACAUUUCUGGGACCGAUGGAGUAGGGAAUAUGUACCCGAAUUGCAGCAACGGGGAAAGUGGCGCAAAGUGUCAGACCAGGUGCAAAUCGGCGAUCUCGUUCUGCUGAAAAGAUCGCAAUCGCCGUUGCAGAUGUGGCAGCUGGGCAGAAUCCGGAAAAUCCACCAGGCCCCCGACGGACAUCCGAGGUUGGUCACCGUGUUCACCGGGAACACCGAGAUACUCCAAUCGUUGCAUAAUUUGUGCAAGUUACCUGUAAACAACGAACAAAAUUAA